AUGAAAAGAUCCCAUCGUGUUGAUGCAAGAAAUAAAAGAAAUAAAGGAAAUAAAAAUUUUAUAGAAGAUCUCAUAGAAAACAAGAGUAAUCCCAUCAAUUCCAUAAUUCCUUCAAAGUCCUCUCUUCCAAAAAGUGCUUAUCUUCAAGGUCAACUUUACGUACCGAAUCACAACAAUCCUUUUAGUUCAGAUUCACCUUGGCAGAUACUUGCAAUAUUGGUAUUAGUUUGGACCAUAUUUUUAUUAUUGAUAGUUUUCAUAUUUAUAAUUAAGAAAACGGUAUUUGCAGAUUUGAAUUUACCGUUCGGAAGAAAUAGACAUCAACGCGUUCGUGGGACAGAUGAUGACAAUGAGUGGAUGUCUGCUUCAUUCAGUGACGAUAAUCAUGAAGCUGAUGAAAAUGAAGUUCCGCUAUCGACGAAUAUGUCACGUGAUGAUAAUGAUCUUAUUAUCACCAACGUAAUCGAUUGA